AUGGCCGACCAAUCGCCCCCCAUCUACGUGCAGGCGACGCGCCUCAUUCUAGACGUCGCCAAAGGCCGACAUGCGCUCUCCAAGACCAUCCCCCCUCUCCUCCUUGCGCUGGAUGCGGUCCUCUGCGGGCUGAUCAUCUGGAAGGUCCCUUACACGGAGAUCGACUGGGUCGCCUACAUGGAGCAAGUCUCUCAAUUCGUCUCGGGCGAGCGCGACUACACCAAGAUCAAGGGCGGCACCGGCCCCCUCGUCUACCCUGCCGCCCACGUCUACACCUACACCGGCCUGUACUACCUCACCGACGAGGGCAAGAACAUUUUUCUGGCACAGCAGCUAUUUGCGAUCCUCUACCUUGCGACUCUUGCCGUCGUAAUGGCGUGCUACUGGCAGGCAAAGGUCCCGCCCUAUAUCUUCCCCCUCCUGAUCCUCUCCAAGCGCCUUCACAGCGUCUUCGUCCUGCGCUGCUUCAACGACUGCUUCGCGACCUUCUUCCUCUGGCUCGCCAUCUUCUUCUUCCAGAAACGACUAUGGACUCCCGGCGCCGUCCUGUACAGCUGGGGCCUGGGCAUCAAGAUGUCACUGCUGCUGGUCCUGCCUGCCGUCGGCGUCAUACUCUUCCUUGGGCGCGGCUUCGGCGGCAGCCUGCGCGCGGCGUGGCUCAUGGCGCAGGUACAAAUCGUCAUCGGCGUGCCCUUCUUCUCCAGCAACGCCAAGGGAUACCUCGGUCGCGCGUUUGAGUUGUCGCGGCAGUUCUUCUUCAAGUGGACGGUCAACUGGCGGUUCGUGGGCGAGGAGACGUUCCUCAGCAAGCCGUUUUCUAUUGCGCUACUAGGACUGCAUAUAUUCACAUUGCUGGUGUUCGUCUUCACCCGGUGGCUCAACCCCGCCCAGCGACCCCUGUCGUCGCUGGUGCCGGCCAUGCUCCAGGGCAAGUCCCCGUUCUCUCCGCGCGAAGAGGCUCAGGUGGCCAGCCGAGUAACGCCGCGCUACGUUCUCACGACGAUUCUCUCAGCCAACGUCAUGGGGCUCCUCUUUGCCAGGUCACUGCAUUACCAGUUCUACGCCUAUCUAGCCUGGUCGACGCCGUACCUCCUCUGGCGCAGCGGGCUCCCCGUCUACAUCGUCUAUAUCCUCUGGGCGGUGCAGGAGUGGGCCUGGAACGUGUACCCCAGCACGGACAUGAGCUCGGAAUUCGUGGUGGGUGUGAUGGCGGUCACGGUGGCGGCGACGUGGUUCGGUACAGCGGACGAAGGGGCGCCGGCCGAGAAGCCCGAGUCGAAGAAGAGGUGA